AAAAAGUCUGUACUGUACCAGUCCCACACUCAAUAGUAUAUAGUUUCCAAAAAGAAUGAGGAGAAAUCGUCUAUGAAUAUUAUGAGAAAUAUUACGAUAAAAGAUAAGGGAACAAAAAAAUAAUAAUGAUAACGAGUGAUAAAGGCAUUAAUAAAAGUUGCGUUAUAACUUAAAUCACAAUAACUUCAAUCAAACAACGUAAUUUAUUUAUUUACGUUAUAUUAUAUAGUAUAGUAGCUAAUGUGAAACAUAAUAUGUCCAUUGUUCUAAUUAUACGUAGUCAUGAUGACCGAAUGUAAAGUCCCUGUAUUUGUUAGUCCACAAACGCUAACUUUCAGUUUGGACGACAGAUCGUCUCACAAGCAAAUAAUUACUCUUUUCAAUCCGUAUGACUUCCCAGUCAGGUUUAAGGGUAAAUUCAUUAGUAUUAUUAUUGUAUUGUUUAUUUGUUCUUAUAAAAUAUUUGUUCAUAGUUUUUUGUACAUGUACUAAAAAGUAUACUGUAGUUGCACCCGAAGGUUCAAUAAGUGCUAGUUCUCGAGUGGAUAUAGUGGUGAGACACAAUGCUCCCGCGGCUGCUUUUUGCGAUAUUAGAGAUAAAUUUCGUAUACAAAUGCAGUAUUAUACAACCAAGAAGGUGAUUGGACAUAAAGAUGUUGAAACAAUAUUAGUAAGGUCUUCAGAAAAUGAUGAACUACCAGCUGAAAAUUUUAAACAAUUUCUGAGAAGUGAUACACCUGUAGAUAACUUUGACAAUGAAUCAGAAAUAAGACAAAAUUACAAUAAGAGUAAGUAGAUUUUAAAGGAACUACUUGAAAAAUACAAAUAAAAAUAUGAACAUUAUUUACAAUCGCAUGCAUAUUAUAGGUUUUAUAAAAACAAGUUUAAAACAAAAAAAUAUAAUAUAUUAUGUCAUGUUAUUAUUAAUUGAUAUUAAAUAGUAUUAAUUAAUGACAAAGUGAAGGUUACCAAAAAGUAUUUAAAUAAUGAUAAAUACUCAAAAGCAAUAAUAUUUAUUUAUUUAUCAAUAUUAACUGUUGAUCUUAUAAUCAAAACAUAAAUUAAUCAUUUUAAAACAGUUUAAAACAUUACCAUACAUUUAUUUGUUUGAUUAGGUAUUUUAUAUUUAUAUUUUUUAAUUUUAAAAUUUACUUUUUUUUUAUAUAUUUCAGGGACUUCUGGGCCUAAUAUCACAACCCUAUUUAUGGCUGGAGUAUGUUUAUGUGGAUUACUUUUACCAUCUUCAGAAGAUACUGAUAUUCUAAAAUUUCGUAUUUCAUUUAACUUAAAAUUGGCAUUGGCUUAUGUUUUAGGUAAGUAUAUAUUAUAUUACUUAUGUGUAAUGUGUAUGCAUAUUGUGUAUCUAAGUGUAUAUAAUAGGUAUAUACAUAUAUGUAUAGUACAUAACCGGUAAUCCAUUUGUAGCUAAACUCCAUAUUUCAAAAAAAAUUUUGAUAAAGUAAGAAAUAAAAAACUCUAAAAUGUAACAUUAAUAUUAUUUUUGGGAGUGAAAUGACUAACAAAUUUAAUUAUCAAAAAGAAACUUAUAUUAAAUAUUUCAUGGAUAGAUGGAGUAUUAAUUUAAAUAUAUUUUGGUAUUGAACAGAUUUUGUACUUUUAAAUUUGGGUAGGGAGAGUAGUGGAGCAUCAUAUAAAAUUAUGAAAAUUUAAAAAUAUACAUUUCCAGUGAAUAUUCAAAAUUCUGAUAAGUGUUCUUAUACCGUUCUAUUUAAAAUACUAUAUUGAUUCUAAAGAUAUUGGGCUGUACACUUUUUGUACUUUAAAUAAUUAUAUUUCAUAACUAUACCCAUAAAUAAUUUUAUACGCCUCUUUUGUGGUUCUAAUAACUUAUUAUACAUGACAAAAACAAAACUAAAGUAUCUAGAUCUUAAAUAAAUAGAACAGACUGUUAUAUACUUUGUCUUUACACCUACUAAAAUAAUGUAUAUUUAUAUGUAUAAGUAUUUAUAAUAAUUUAUUUUUAUAAUUUCAGGUAUGAUUACGAUAACUAUAUUGCAACAUCAAUAAUGCACGGGAAUAUAUUUAACCUAUAAAUAAUGGUGUCUGCUAAUUUAAGAAUAGUUUUAUAAACUAUUUUUUUUUUUUAUUUUUGUUCUUAUUAGUUGAACGUAAUCUUUUUUUUUUUAAAAAAAAAAAAAGCUUUUGCUAAACUAAAGGUAAAAAUGUACCAAUAUAUAUUUUGUUUGUCAACUUACAUACUUAACAAGUUGACUGCCAUGAGUACCAUGUCUGGUACUCACAUAGUUAGUGCCACCUUAGGCAUAAAUAUUUUUAACUCUUUUAUUAUUUACAUGCUUUGUUAAGACUGGUACAUACAGCGUUUAACUUUCUGGCUUUGAAGGAGCAUUUGGUACUAUAUAUACCUAUUUAAGUACUGCAGCAGUCAAUUUGUUAAAAAAAAUAAUAUGGAUAUAUACAGUGUUCCAUGAAGAUAUACCCAUUGCAAUAUCUUUUGAGAUAAUAAAUAUAAUCAAAUUGUUUGUUUUUUAUAAUCUAAAUAUAUACAUAUAUUACUCAUAGGGAUAAGGACUACAUGUAUUUCUGUUUCAAUUAAAUUUUUAUUUUAUUUUUUUUUGAAAAAAUUUGAAGAUUAAGUUUAUUCUAAUGAAAAAGUUGAUGUCAAUAUUUUCAGAAGAAUAGACUCUAAAAAAAUUACAAUUUUCAGAUUUUUCAAAAAUAGUUAUUUUUUAAGUUUUUUACCAAAACAAACUAUUAAUAAAUUAUAAUGAUUAAUUAUUAAACUAUGUGUAGUGAGUUUGAUUAUCUUUAAGAUCUGGAGAUGUUAAAAUAUGUAUAUCUUCGUGGGACCUCCUGUAUAUAUAUAUAUAAAAAACCUAUUGUGUAACUAAAAGAAAAUUAAUUUUAUCUAAUAAGUCAAAAUUAUUUUAUUGCCAUACAAUAUAUGUAACUAAUUGGUAAAUAAAUCUAUUAUAAUUAUAAUAUAUUUUAGAUACACUGCCAUCAUAUUUUUAACUGUCUUGUCUGGAAUUUAAAAUUGGGAUGUAAAAAAAAAAUUGUAAAUAAUAAAUUAUAUUUUAAACAUUUAUUUUUAUAUUUUUUUUUUUUUUAUAAUUAUAAUUUUAUUAACUUUUUGUAAUAAAAAUUUUUUAUAAUAUAAAUCACGUUUUAAUUAAUGUCAUUUACAUUUUAUAAACGCUGGACACCGACUUGAUGCUUUCGUUAUGUGUUUUAUAUUCUAGAAUAGUAUUUGGUGGCAAAUUUAAUACUCUGCGUAGUGUAUCUCUUAUACGGUUUGUUGCGCCUUGAUCAUAUGAUGUUUUGUUCCAAAUAGAUAUAAUAUCUUCCUAAA